ACAUCUUCUUAAUUGUUAUGAAAAAUAUAACACACACUGUACGUAAUAUUAUUCCGCUUUCAAUAUUAUGAGGAGGAACUGCAAUUUGGAGCUCCGCCUUGUGCCGCCGUCACCGCCGUACCACCUCCGGCAAGAAAAUUCCCGUGACGACAUAAAUAUGGUUGGUGGAGACUUGAAGGGAAAGCAAAACCAGCAACUAACGAUCUUUUAUGACGGAAAGGUUAGCGUUUGUGACGUUACAGAACUUCAGGCAAGGACAAUAAUAAAGCUAGCUGCUAGUGAAGAAACGGAUGAUCAAUGGAGAAGAACACCUGGUUCAACUACUUCAUCUGAACCGGCAUCUUCAUCGCCAUUAGCCUCUCCUGGGCUUUCCAUGAAAAGAUCUCUACAAAGGUUCCUUCAAAAGAGAAAGCAUAGAAUUCAAGCAACUUCUCCCUACCAUCCUUAAUUGGUUCAAACCAACAUGUAAUGCUGAAUUAAAUUUCUUUGUUUGUUUGUUUGUUUGUUUCAUUUCUUAUUCUAUGGACUCAAGACAUAUAUGUGGCUGGCUAUACAUAAGUAUAUGCACAUCUUUAUGUGUAUGUGUCGGUUCCGUGGAAAUUGAUUUUUAUUUGUAAAGCA